AUGGCGGAUGGACACGUUUUCCUAGCUCCGAAGGCUGAUCGCUUUAUCUCCAGGCCGCGGCUUGUUAGGACCAGUUCCUUGCCUGAUUUGAGUAAAGUACACACUGACUCAACUCUGGUAGUCGCUGAUCAGAUUAAUAACGAGAAUAUGUCUACUUCUGUACCCGAAUACGGUUCGCUUUCCUCGUCCUUUGAAAUGAGCGAAAUGGCUGCUAUCAAGAAUGCAUUAAAUGGACGGUCCAUCAACUCCCUGAAGGUGAAAGAUCUAAGGGACGAACUUGAAAAAAGAAAGCUUUCUAAAUCUGGCAGGAAAACUGAGCUGGUGAAAAGACUCAAGGAGUCGAUUUUGUCAGGAUCUGGUGAAAUUCAAAUUCCCCGCCAGAAUGUCAACCAACCGUCACCUCGGCCUUCGGCUGUUAUAAACCUGGACGACACUAGCAGCAGCCCAGAACAACAGAUUAAACACUGUUGCGAAGAAGUUUUUUACCCCCUUGGAAAAUCAUCACUUUACAAAAUUUUGCAAGCAAGAGAGCCCUCUCAAAGGCGAUCCCUUCAAGGGCUAGACAACACUGCUGCAAGCGGAUCGGAACGGUGUGAAACAAUGCACAAGAUAGUGGAGGAAUUGGAAGAAGGCGGGGCAACUGCAAAGUGGUGUGAAGACGUUCGGAAGAAUCUGAAGGCUGCAAAGCAAUAUCUGAAAACAGCCUGUGCCCAAGACUGGAACACGGUUUACGCAGUUCUGGAAAACCUUCUCGGUAACAUUAAACAGAUCAAGCCCACCGUAAAUGAAGUAUUUUUGCGAUCAGAUGGCGCAGGUUGUUACCACAACAACAAUCUAAGUGUAGCUGCCUCUAACUUUGGUUCACGCGCUGGAAUCAAGCUCAACAUGACAGAAAUUCAGCUUCAGAUGAGCGACCAAGACUUAGCUUCCUCUUUGUCGAAAACAAGUGUAAAUCUAACCACAAAGAUUUUUGAUUCGGAACAGAGGCUACAAUAUACCAUUGAAAAUUCAAGUCGAAUCCUGAAUGACAAGAUAGAUUCAGUAAACGACGAUCUUAACUUGACACGAAACCAGCUAACAGCCUCUGACCACGACAUAAGAAAUGAACUUGGAGUGCUUAACACCACCCUAGUUUUGAAGAUAACAACAGAUUUCCAGGUAUUAAGAACAGAUCUUAACACAACGAGAACUUUUCUAGAGGAUGCAGACACUGAGUUGCAGAAAUCUUUGAAAGCUCAAAACUCAACUUUGACCGCGAGGAUAGAGAAUGUGAGUAAGCUCCAGGGCCCUAUUGGACCACGCGGUUUCAACGGCUCUCAAGGACCCAUUGGAUUAGCCGGACCUCGGGGAUUCAAUGGUACACAGGGUCCCCAGGGGAUGAUAGGCCCGCAGGGUUUCAAUGGAUCACAAGGAGCACCAGGACCACAGGGUCCCAAAGGAACUGGUAACUUCUCCCUGUGUGAACACAAGACUAAGGAUUCGACUGCAACCCAAGAUGUAAUCAACAGCAACAAUUUAUCGAACCCAGCUAAAGUGCUCCUUGAGGAACCAAGUGGUAAAAAGAUUGUUGGUGUCUCAUGUACAACAGACCAUGCACAGCUUUAUCUGCUAUCGUCUCAAAUAAACCCAGCUGAUGGUAAACUGUUCUACUACUGUAGCUGUUAUGGUCAG